GUUCAGCCAUGGACAGAUCCUCCCUCCUGUGUUUUGUGUGAGGGGAGUCAAUUGGGCCCCCCACCCCUCGCACGCUCAAUGGCCGCUCAGUUUUGGGAUUCCCUCCAGGGGAAUUUCUCCGACUGCCCCAACGGCACCCGGUGGGUGUGGGAGAUCUUCUCCGAGUGUGCCCGGGACGGCAGGGACAUCGCCAGCGUGGUGCUGGGCCUGGUUUCCAUCCUCUGCUUUGCUGCGGCUUCCUUCCCCCAAUACUACCAGGCCUGCAAAACUGGCAUCAUGGAUCAGGCCCUGUCCAUCUAUUUCCUCUUGGGAUGGCUGGGAGGAGAUCUGUUGAAUUUCAUUGGCUCGGUCUUGGCCGACCAGCUCCCGCUGCAGGUUUACACGGCCAUCUACUAUGUCCUCGCUGACCUCCUCAUGAUCUCCCUGUACCUGUACUACAAAAUUAAGAACCAGAACAGAAGCUGUCAAGCGUCUGCCAGUGUUUUCCAGCAGCUUCCCGCUGUGAGAAGUUCUGAGGUUCCAGCCUCCACGGAAGGCACUGCAGUGUCCCCUGGACUUCCAGUUUCGGCCCCGAUUAAUGCCGUCUUUACCAUCCUUUUGCUGGGAACGGUGUCGACAACGUCCCUGCUGGGCAGACCCGUGCCUCCCAGCAGCGAGAGAACCCGGCUGUUCCAAGGCAGAAUGCUUCUCUCCAUGGAGACGGAGGAAUCCGGAUGGGAGCCCUUCACCAAGAAGGAAAUCAUUGGCUUUGUGAUCGGGUCCGUUUCAUCACUGCUGUACCUGCUCUCUCGCGUCCCCCAGAUCUACAAGAACUUCCAGAGGAAGUCCACCAGCGGCAUCUCCUACUCCCUCUUUGCCCUGGUGAUGCUCGGGAACACGUUGUACGGCGUGAGCGUCUUGCUGAAAAACCCAGACCUGGGCCAGGGUGAGGCCAGCUACAUUGUCCACCACCUCCCCUGGCUGAUCGGCAGCCUGGGCGUUCUCUCCCUGGACAUAUUUAUUUCUUUCCAAUUCCUUGCCUACCGGCAGCGGGCACUUCCACUGCUUGAAGAGAGAGACGCUCUCCUUGGUAAAGAAGAGGAGCCUCUUGACAGUUGACGGAAGAGUACAGCUACCACCGCUGUGGUGGAGAAACCCAAGAAAAGGGAUUUUCGACCUCCUGACCCCGGAGACGUCCGUUCAUGCCUCUCUCUCUGCCUGGAACCUGGUCCAAAGAAGGCAUGUCCUUUGGCACUACUUAACGGAUAGAAAAUGGAAAGAAAAAUGAGCCAGACAAAGUCUGAGAUGAACAUGGUUCUCUGUCCCUGUCAAAACCAAAAAGGGAGGAUAUGUGGGUCUCACAUUUCAAGCGCAACAGGAGAUCACUACUGGUGCUAAUGGCAGAAGCUACCUCUUUGUGGAUCUUUGUCUUCACCCAUCAGGUUCCACCUCUCUUUGUUUGGGAUGGGGGGGGGUCCUCUGUUGUGCACGUACGGGACUUUUCUUUUAUUGUACGUCAGUCUAUAUGCCGCGGGG